AUGCUCUUGUUUGAAAUACAGGCAGCGAUCGCAUGGUCAGGUGUAUCAGUUCGUACAUUAAAGCGAUUUCCAACAGAAAGGCAUUUAGUUGAGACAAAUUUAAUGACGGAAGAAGAAUAUUCACUCUACAUGUCUAUGGAUGCUCCUCAUGGAAAAUGGUUUGUGCCUAUUAUGUGGAUCAUAAAUUUAAUAAAAACGAUGCAUAGGCAGAAACGAAUUGAUUCAGUUCAUUUUGAUAUGAUAAUGCGACAAAUCUAUUUAUUUCGAGAUGGAUUUGCCAUGCUUUUUGUUUAUGACUGGAUUAAGAUUCCACUAGUUUAUACGCAGGUCGUCGCGAUUGCAACAUACGGCUAUUUCGUAAUUUGCUUGAUUGGUCGACAGCCGAAAUUGGAUCAACGAUCUAUGGAAAAAGAAAUCACUAUACUUUUUCCAAUUUUCACAACCUUUCAAAUACUUUUUUACAUUGAAUUAAACUAUGUGCUUGAUAGAAAUACAUGCAUUGCAAAUAUGAUAGCCACAGAUUUAGCGGAUCAGCUCCCAUCGAUCUCAAAACAAACUAUAAAUAUUACACUCCCGCAUACCAGAGCAUCGUUCAAAAUCCAGGAUGUAAUUCCAAGAAGUCAUUUGUCGAAUCUAAAACUCUCUGAAAAUGAGAUGGAAUUAAUAAAACCAGAAGAAUUAGAAGAAAGCAGUGAUAUUGUCCAGAAAAAAAAUGCAAGAUUACGUUCCAUUGUUCGAGGAAUUCAAAAUAGUACAAAACUGUUCGUUUUUUUAACUUUUUAA